GACUGUGAGAAAUAAAUUUCUGAGGUUUGUUUGAAAGUCACCCAGCCUAUAAUAAUGAUGAUACUUUGUUAUAGCAGCUCUAAGGGACUGACACAGGCAACAGAGGCAAAAGGACCUAGUCUACAACUAGAAAAGAGGAAAAUGUAGGUCUAUCGAGGAAGGGUAAAUAUUUCAAAAGGAAAAAUCACCAGAUGCCAGGAGUAAGGGAAUGCCGUUAGCAGAUAAAGUCAAGCACUAUUUAAGUAAACAAUCCACAGGCAGUCUAGAGAAUUUAACGCCCCAUUAUCCGAAGCCCUGGAUAAAAGAACAAUAACAGGGGUUAGAACACACACACACGCUUCUACAGGGCGAGUGAGGAAGGCAGAUGUUGGGAGAAACUGUAGGAAAGUCUGGCAGAGGGACAGACACAAGGAAACAUGCUGAGGACCAAAGUCCGUUACACUCAGGAGCCGCGGCAGCCGACUUCUUAAAGGUGAGCUUCAGGAUGAUGAAAGAGGCAGCAUUCAUUCAUUCGUUCUUGGGCAGAUUAAAAAAAAAAAACAAACUUUGUCCAAAAUGUUGCCAGGAUUGGAAACGAGUGACCUGCCAGAAGAAGUCCCUUUCACAAAACUCCAGGCCUGGACGGUGGACGCAAGGAAAGGCACAACCGCUGACGGACUCUGAAGUUAACGGAGAUCCGUGUUCGAAUCCCGACUGUCCGGCUCGGCAAAUUCGAAAACCUUCGGUGACUUCGGUUAAAUGGCUUGCCCUGGGUGGGUCACACCGCAUUGUGAAGGGCAGACCUAUGAUCGAUGAACUCCCAGAGGGAGCUGUGAAGCCUCCAGCCAAUAAGUACCCUAUCUUCUUUUUUGGCACCCACGAAACUGCUUUUCUAGGUCCCAAAGACCUCUUCCCUUAUAAGGAAUACAAAGACAAGUUUGGAAAAUCAAACAAACGGAAAGGAUUUAAUGAAGGAUUGUGGGAAAUAGAAAAUAACCCAGGAGUAAAGUUUACUGGAUACCAGGCAAUUCAGCAACAGAGCUCUUCAGAAACCGAGGGAGAAGGUGGGAAUACUGCUGACGCAAGCAGUGAGGAAGAAGGCGACAGAGUAGAGGAAGAUGGAAAAGGCAAAAGAAAGAGUGAAAAAGCAGGCUCAAAGCGGAAAAAGUCAUACACUUCAAAGAAAUCCUCUAAACAGUCCCGGAAAUCUCCAGGAGAUGAAGAUGACAAGGACUGCAAAGAAGAAGAAAAUAAAAGCAGCUCUGAGGGUGGAGAUGCCGGCAAUGACACAAGAAACACAACUUCAGACUUGCAAAAAACCAGUGAAGGGACCUAACUAUCAUAAUGAAUGCUGCAUACUAAGAAAACCCAAGAAGGUUAUACGUUUGGUUGUCCAAUAUUCUCGGAUUUGAUAUGAACCAACACAUAGUCCUUGUUAUCAUUGACAGAACCCCAGUUUGUAUGUACAUUAUUCACAUUCCUCUCUGAUGUGUUUGGGGGAAAAAAAGACAUUUUAGCCUUUUUUAAGGUUAUUGACUUAAUUUCAUGUUAUUUGGUUGCAUGAAGUUGCCCUUAACCACUAAGGAUUAUCAAGAUUUUUGCACAAGCUCAUACAAGUCUAGGAUCCUUUAUCAAGGCAGUUAUGUUCAUCACUCUUCUGCCUUUUAUUCCACCAUCACCAAACACUCAGUUAAAUAUAAAUUAGCAUUUUUUUAAAAGGACCACUCAACAUAAUGCUUAAGGGAUUUCUUCUCUGUGACAGAACCCAGGAACCAAUUCCUAGAUACAUAAUGUUGGCAUAUUGAAGGUGAACUUAAAAUUGUCCUUCAGGUUUGAGGCCAUGUGUAAAGUUGAAUCAUACUGUAAAAUACCUAUUCCGUAUUAGAAAUAGCUAGUUGACAACUUAUACUUCUCAAAACUCAUGUUGUUACGUACACAAACUCAGUUUCUAUAUGUGAAGUUAAGUGAGUCUUUUGUGUUACUCCAAGAUAAAGGCAAUGAUUUAUUUUCUCCCAAUGCCAAUACAAUUUGAGCUAAUCACUCAAGCUGGAUACUUUACAUUUUAAAGCUGGACUCAGCAGUAGCCCUAUGGGAAGUAAGACAAAGCAUUGACUUUUAAAUAUAGACUUUUAAACCAUUUGUUGUUUUCUUUUGGAACUAGAAUUAGAAUAGUUAAUACUCAUCCACAAACCAUUAUUAUGUGUACAUUAUUGUUGCAAUUGUGAUAAUAGAAAAUUUUAUUUAUUUUUAUGCCAACUUAUAUUGUGAGAACACAUUUAGUCAGUUUGGGUUUUAUCAAUCCUGUUAUGCUUGUCCUUGGAACAUCUUUCGCGUAUUCGAGGUUUGUAGUUGAAAAGUUUACUGUAAAAAAAAAAUCAAAAACAAAAAAAUGUAUUGUUUUUACAGAAUAAAUUUAUUGGAAUGUGUACUGGGAGUAAGAGUUGAGGUUGUAAACAACUAAGUUAGUGUAAUUUGGCUUCAUAUAUGUAAUGUGAGGUAUUAAUGUAAUUCAUAUAUUAAAGCAAAAAUUGUUAACAGCAAGCUGAUAAGAGAA